UCUCCUCCAUAAAGAGAAACACACAAAACUCAUCUUUGUUAUAUAUACACAAUACAAGUAAAAAGAAUAUAGAAAGAGAAGGCAAAAAGGACAAGGCAGAGGGGGCAUUCUUUUCUCUUUCUUUCUUCCUGAUGUUGAUCAGAGGGAAAACAUAAGAAAAAAAAAAGUGGGAAAGCAAAAGAAAGAAAAGUAGCAGUGAAACAUCAAACAUUAUUAGUUUAGGUUUUGAUAAAGAACAUGUUGGGGUUUAAGAAUUGCAGAAGCCAUUUCCUGGUGGCGUUUGUGGUGGUGAUUUUCUCAUCAUUGGCCUGUGGUCCAGUGAGAGCCACAGUUUCCUAUGAUGACAAAGCCUUCAUCAUCAAUGGCAACAGAAGGAUUCUCAUCUCUGGUUCUAUUCACUACCCAAGAAGCACUCCUGAGAUGUGGCCUGGGCUUAUACAGAAGGCUAAAGAUGGAGGAUUGGAUGUUAUACAGACUUAUGUGUUCUGGAAUGGGCAUGAACCAUCUCCUGGAAAAUACAACUUUGAGGGGAGAUAUGAUUUGGUCAGGUUCAUCAAACUGGUGCACCAAGCAGGGCUCUAUGUUCAUCUUCGUAUCGGCCCUUAUAUUUGUGGAGAAUGGAAUUUUGGGGGAUUCCCUGUUUGGCUAAAAUAUGUGCCUGGGAUGGAAUUUAGAACAGACAAUCAGCCUUUUAAGGUGGCUAUGCAAGGAUUUGUUGCGAAAAUUGUCAACACGAUGAAGUCAGAGAGGCUGUUUGAACCUCAAGGUGGACCAAUUAUUAUGAGUCAGAUUGAAAACGAGUAUGGACCGAUUGAGUGGGAAAUCGGUGCUCCAGGUAAAGCCUAUACAAAAUGGUUUACACAAAUGGCUGUGGGUCUCAACACCGGUGUUCCUUGGAUCACGUGCAAACAAGAGGAUGCCCCCGAUCCCAUGAUAGAUACUUGCAAUGGAUUCUACUGUGAAAACUUCCGGCCACGCAAUCCCCACAAUCCCAAGAUGUUUACAGAACUCUGGACUGCAUGGUACACAGAAUUUGGAGGCCCCGUUCCUCGAAGAUCUGCAGAAGACACCGCUUUUGCAGUUGCAAGGUUCAUCCAAAAUAAUGGCUCAUUCUUCAACUAUUACAUGUACCAUGGAGGGACAAAUUUUGGCAGGACUGCUGGUCGGUUUAUUGCAACUAGCUAUGACUAUGAUGCCCCGCUAGAUGAAUAUGGGCUACCAAACGAACCGAAAUAUGGGCACUUAGCAGAAUUGCAUAAAGUGAUCAAGCAAGCUGAGCCAGCUUUAGUUUCGUCGUAUCCCACAGUGACAUGGCUUGGCAAAUAUCAAGAGGCUCAUGUCUUUAGUCCAAAGUCGGGGGGGCAUUGUGCUUUGUUCCUCUCCAACUACGACCCCCAAUACUCAGCAAAAGUGACGUUUUGGAACAAGCAAUACAAUCUGCCUCCUUGGUCAGUUAGUAUUUUCCCCGACUGCAAGACCGAGGCUUUCAACACCGCGAGGGUAAGUGUGGGAAGCUCUCAGAUGAAGAUGGUACCCGUAAAGAGUGGAUUCUCUUGGCAAUCGUACAUUGAAGAUACCCCAACCGCUGAUGAUGGGGAGUCGCUUGUAGCAAAUGGACUAUGGGAGCAAGUAAAUGUAACCCGAGACAACUCAGACUAUUUGUGGUACAUGACAGAUGUGAACAUUGCAUCUAACGAAGGAUUUCUAAAGAAUGGAAAAGACCUCGUUUUAACUGUUAUGUCUGCUGGGCAUGCAUUGCGCGUUUUCAUUAAUGGUCAAUUAUCAGGAACUGUGUAUGGGGAACUGGAAAAUCCAAAACUAACGUUUACUGGGAAUGUAAAACUAAGGGCUGGUGUUAACAAGAUUUCGCUGCUCAGCUCUGCUGUUGGCCUCCCGAAUGUUGGCACGCAUUAUGAGCAAUGGAAUACUGGAGUUCUCGGCCCUGUCUCGUUGAGUGGUCUUAAUGAAGGGACAAGAAACUUGGCUAAGCAGAGAUGGUCUUACAAGGUUGGGUUGAAAGGCGAAUCCUUAAGUCUCAAUACUAUGAGUGGAAGUUCCUCGGUGGAAUGGGUACAAGGUUCCCUUCUGGCUAACAAACAGCCCCUAACCUGGUACAAGGCAAUUUUUAACGCACCGGGAGGAAACGACCCGGUGGCGCUGGACAUGAGCAGCAUGGGAAAAGGCGAGAUAUGGAUAAACGGGGAAGGCGUCGGGCGCCACUGGCCUGCAUACACUGCCCAUGGUAGCUGUGGUCAGUGCAGCUAUGCUGGAACUUAUAGUGAGACCAAAUGCCAGACAAAUUGUGGGCAGCCUUCUCAAAGAUGGUAUCAUGUCCCGCGAUCAUGGCUGAAACCAUCUGGGAAUCUCUUAGUUGUGUUUGAAGAAUGGGGGGGCGACCCGACUGGGAUUAAAUUCGUUACAAGAACCAAGUAAUAAUUAGUGAUCACAGAUCAAGAAAGAAAGAGCUUUCUGAAAAUCUUUCUUCUCUGCAAUGUUAGUUUGAAAUAAGAAGAUAUGAAGCAGGUUGGGAUAUACAACUAUACAAGUAUACAAGAAGCCAUAUACAUAGCUAGAGAUACAAGCAUUAUGUGUAUAUAUUAUAUACAAAGCUACAACUUGUGGCUUACACAAAUUUGGUAUCAACAAAAUUGUUGAAUAUGUAGAGGAGAUGAUGAAAGAGAUGUAUAAUUUUAGAGCAAUAAAGGUACCUUUUUUUUUUUUUUU